AGCGGUAGUGAUUUGGCAACAUGAUGGCGUCGAGGCUAGUGUUAUUGAGAUUCGUCGGUUAUGUCUUCGUCUGUUCAUUUGUUGCAGUCAUUUGGGCUACGCCAUAGGUUCCCCCAACAGAUAUACUUAUUUUGAUAUGAUAGCAUAUUGGUCGAACCAUUCGUGUGUUUUCCCGCCCAUCACUACAUUUCAACGAGAUGCUCUUUCGACUGACAGUCUUGUCUUACAACCUUGCAUCUCUGGAGAACAGGACGACAGAAGACAAACUGAUGAUUUUACUGGUCAGUUAUGUGACGCGCUGUACAUGGUGUCUAAAGCUUUGUGUGUGAAUACUGUUUCACAAAUGAUAUCACACCAGACAAAGUUAAUCCUUAUGUGGAAGAUGAACGCUGGGAUGUAUGUAAAGACGCCCAAACUGCAGGCAAAAAAAUUCUGUUUUCAUGACAAGAGAUCGAGAACUUUGUGAACGGAGUACUGUUUGAGCAGCACAACCCUGGGGCCGGUAUGCAGGCUUUUGGUGGCCGGCGUUGUCAGCUACAUGCGUUCAAAUGGUGAAUGGAAGGCAAAUGAAGGUAGAAGUGUGAUAGCAAUACAAGAUAGGACACAGACAGGUACUGAGAAAGGAUUAUCUAACACAAAAAGGGUUCAGAAUCCAAAAUCCAGAGAAGACAUUUUAACGACGAGAGACCAUCUUAAUGUAGAACCAGGGGCUAGUAGUGGGGUAAAUAAGCCAAGACCCAUGACAAGUAAAACACAGGAAGAUGCUAGUAAUGGAGAUAAAGGGCCUAUCAGUAGGGUAACUCAGUUAGUACCCAUGGAAGGUCAAACAGAGAAAGAUGAUGGUAAUGGAACAGAGCCUGUUGUAGAUCAGCCAGAACCCGGAGAAGGUUACAAGCAGAAAGAUGCUAGUAAUGGCGAUAAAGGGCCUAUCAGUAGGGUAAAUCAGCUAGGAUCCACGGAAGGUCAAACAGAGAACGAUGAUGGUAAAGUAAAAGGGCCUGUUGUAAAUCAGCCAGAACCCAUGGAAGGUCAACCAGAGAAAGAUGAUGAUAAUGGAAAAGGGCCUGUUGUAAAUCAGCCAGAACCCGGGGAAGGACAAACAGAUAAAGAUACUGGUAAUAGGGAAGGGUCUAUCAGUGGGGUAAAUCAGCUAGGAUCCAGGACAGAUUACACACAAGAAUAUGGUGAUGAGUUAGAACCAGAGGCAAGCAGUAGAGCAACUCAGCCAGUAGAGCAAUCAACUGUUGAAGGGAUAACUAAUGUAAGCAGUUCACAGGGUGGCACUGAUAAAGUAUUAUCAAGAGUUGAUGUAGAUAUGUCACGAACAAACUCCAAGGCAGACAAUGCAGAGGAGAGGAAUAUUGGUGAAGGGGGGUCUGACAAAUACCAUAGCAUAGAGACCAAUAAAGAAGCAAUAGUAAGAGGAGGCACCGUGAGAGAAGGAACAGAUAAUCACACAAAAGCAAGUGAACCAAAAAACAAAGAUGCAGCAGAAAACAAGGAAGCAGCUACAGGCAGCAGUGUACAUCCCCUUGGACCUGUUGAAGACAGUGAUUAUCCAUCAUUUGAUGAAGAUGAAGAUGAAGAUCCUGAUAAUAUUGAUAAUGAAUAUGAAGAUCAUAAAUUUGCUGCUGAUGAUGAGAAUGACAAUAGAGAUUUUGAAAUAUCAUCAGAUACAAAAAAAGUAAAACAGCAGCCUGACAUUCCCAAGGAUGGUGUGGUGAAGAUUCCCAAACAAAUGGAUGCAUUUGAAGAAGAAGAAUCCUCUGGUCACUUCAUGGCCUAUUUUGUGACUGCAGUGGUGCUGUGUAUUGCUGGCUAUGUACUCUAUCACAACAAACAGAAGAUAAUAGCUUUUGUCUUAGAAGGACGACGUGAUGCACAGCGUCGACGAACAACUUCAAGUGGAACUGCCAAAUACACCAAACUUCAGCCAUCUGUGGAAGAAGUGAUGCCUUCUCUUGAUAAGUCUGCUGCCACCAAGAACUUUAUUUACUAAUCAUUUUUAACUUACAUAUUUGAUUUAUUUUUUUUUUACUUACUUUGUAGUAUUUUUUUUAACUGCACAAUUUCAAAAGAAUUAAAGCUUUAAAGCAUUUUUUUUUUAGUUGCUUCUGAUUGCUGAGUUGAGGGCUAAUGUAUAUGACUGGGGUUAGAAAAACAAUUUAUUAAACUAUUUGUACUUAACAUACAUAAUCAUUUCAUUACCUUUUGGGAAAUUUGACACAUAGGUUGGACCAGUAUUUUGUAUUUGUGCAUGGUAAGAUACUUAACAUUAACUUAUACAAAAAUGACUUUUGUAUAAUCUUAAAAUAAUCACGGCAUGUAUAAAGAUGUAGAUAUCACAGGGUUGUUCAGAAAAGGAACAUGCUAUUGUGCUGCACUUAUAAAACAUAUUUAGUUUAUGAUUUGGGAAAACAUUUUUGUGCCUAAACAAUUUUUCUUCAACUGAUCAGUUAACUAUAUAUUAUGGGUGAUUACAGUUCAUCCUAAGCCAUAGUUGCGAUAAUUUAUCUCUUUCAGCAGUAUUGUUCAUUAACUGUCAGAAAUGUAUCAGAUGAGUGCUUAAUGGUGCACAUGAUCAAUGCAAUCUAUCUGCAUGCUGUUACAGUAUCUUCAGGGUGUUUGUCAUUUUGGUGUUGGAAGUAUUUUGCAUCUGUACUUAAAGAAGUAAUCUAAGAUUUUUUGGUCCUAUUUUCACCAUGAGUAUGCAAGCAUGCUUUUGACUUGUUUUAGACCAUUACACAAUUUACUAGCACUUUUUCCUAUUGUUUAAUGGUUGGGCAGACAUAAGAUGUAUCUGUCAGUUGCUUCCAUUGUUUAUUGCCUUUUAAUGUUUUUUGUUGUUUUUCACUUGCUGCAUCAGAAGUUGUGAUAUCUGAUUGCAUCUAUUAGAUUAUCAGACUGGUGCAGGACUGUGCAGCGAAAUUUUUUUUAAUUUGACCCAAAUUCCAUUUUUUAAUUUUUUUUAAAAGGUAGUUUGCAUUUUAAGCAAACCAUUUCAACAAAUAAUCAUUUGAAGUUCAUGUGAGCCUUGUAACAAAACAUGACAUAGUAUCUCCGUUGGCUGAUAGGUUGAAGUCUUUCAGGGCUAAGAACUGUGUUGCCAAACUUGCCUUGGUUGCUUGCUUAUCAGAUCUUGGACUGGGUGGUAAGAACAUCUGUAUCUUCUUUCCAUACAUAAAGUGCUUAUUAAAGAAGAAAACAACAUUUUUAGUGGAGCAAAAGAGAAAAAGCAAUGCUAUUCAGCCAUUGAGUUAACAACCUAUAAAAAAAAUUAAACAUAAAACCUUAUGCCAUCCUUGACUUUGGAGGAUCUUAUCAAAUCAAAAGACGAGCACGUAUAUGCAGUCACUCAAAAGCUGGUGCAUACACGUGCUCACAAACUCAAAGAUGCAAGCACCAAGUCUCCAAAUUCGGCUUGAGAUUGAUACAAAGCUGUUUAAAAAGACAUAGGCUUCAGGGUGCUAAUCAGGGUGUUUCAAAAUCUGAUUACCAGUAGUAUAGGACAGCUGUUUCUGGUUAAUAAUAAUAAUGCUAAUUUGUAAAGCACAUAUUCACACUCCUAAAGAUUAUGCUCUAAUCUCUUAAGAACAAGAACAAAACAUGAUCAGCAUACAAGGGACAGGAAAACAAGUAACAUAUGAGCU